AUGGCUGCAACAACUGGCGACUCCGUCCUUUUCCCGCCUUUGGACAAAUGCCUGAGCGGAGAGCAACAGCUGCUCUCAUGGCAAGACGCCUUCGUUGCCCUACGUAGCUCCAAAGCCGAUCGGGAGGGUGAAACCCUGAGCACUUUCCUCUCCGAGACCACCAAUGUCGCCGUCCUCAGCAAACCGUUCCAGCCUUUCCAGCCGCCGAACGCCCAAUCCAAAUCCGCUUUUGAGACCAAGACCGCCGCCAUCCAUGUCACGCCCUCCGAUAAUGACCAGUACAAUAUCGAUGAGAUCAAAGAGGACACAAAGUGGCUGUCAGCCAAGGCGAACAUUGAUGAGAUUUCGGCGUUGAGGAUAGUGCUGUUGGAAUGGCAAGCCCGGCCUUGCACCCAGCUGCUAGCUGGCUUCACCGAGGAGGAGACGCUCAGCGUUCAGGAUGCUGCGGGCGGUGCGAACCUAGGGUCUUCUACUUUCCUGCCCAAAUCAACCAUUCUCGCCGCAACGGGCAGCGGAAUGGGCCAGAACUUCGCCGCUUUUCACUCGAAGGAGAGGAGGCAAUUGCGGAUAAUGGAAAACUAUCUAACUGAGCGGGUACACAUCUUGAAGAUUAGCGACUUGCUGGCACGGGUUGGCGCAGCAGCUGCACAUGCGAGCAGCUCAACCGGCAAUACGAGACCUAACGCGAACGCCCCGGCCUGGAUUGAGGAGCUAGGAAAGAGAAUUUUCUCUUCACAAACGACUGGGUUUCUCAAGGAGGGCACUCAAGCCCUCCAAUCGCGCUUCCAAAACAUUGACAAUGGCAGCGGCUGGUACAAGGACGUUCCCGAAGGCAACGAGGAGGCUGAAGAGAUGUGGGGACAGUCACAGCUUGCCGAAGCUAUCGUCAUCCUCCAGCUCAUCUUCACAUAUGUGGACAGCGCCCCGGACCUUUUCUCCUCCGACGUUGUUGUGGAUUGGUUUGAGGCCAUGGCUAGUUGCCAAUUCUGCAGGAAUAUUCAGCCGCCUUCUCAGAGCCAGCAAGUUCUGGGUUCGACCGUGCAGCUUCUCAUCGCCAUGGUCUCCUUGGCGGUGAUCAAUGUGCGGGGUCUGCUGAAAUUCAUCGAAACGGAGGGCGUAAAUGUUACUCCCACCGAUGGGGCUGAUGGCGGAGCUUACGUCAAAAACAAGUUCUGUGUCGAAAGGCUUACUACAAUUUUCCUGGAACUUUGCGCAUACGGUCCCACACCUGCGAGUCCUGCAUUGUUUGCUUGGGCAGUCUUCAGUCUUACCGUCAAGGGCAAUAGCGAUACUCUCAGUCAUGAAAGGGAAACUCAAAUCACGCAAGGCUCCCCCGACGUUGAUUUGACUAUCGUAGAGAAACUCAACGAGACGAUCAGGGGAGUCACUAUCAACGAAGAGGAAGAAGACGAUACUUCCACGUUACUGAUCAAGGCCUCUGUUAUCGGUGCAAAGAUUUACGAGCUUCUACCGGAGGUUGCUGUCAACCUGGCCAGCACUUUUAGCGACAUCAACUUCCAGGAUAACCUUGCGGCUAGCUCCGGCCAUGAAUUGGAUGCCCGUAUGCGCCUCCAACUACUCUGGCUCAUCCGCGAAGGUUCUUUCACGGUGGAAUACAGCCCUGAGCUCAUCAUGAGCUUCCUCACAGUGCUCAGUGGCAGUCAGACGUACUGGACGCUUGCAGAACAAUCUCCGAAGAAGAUCCCCGACCCGGUUUUGGAGACAUUUGUCGCCGAGGGUGGAAUGGGCAUUCUGGACCAGGCCAAGUUCCGUUAUCCCUACGAAUCGGUCCCCCUCUUGCAGUUUGCCAAGACAUUGUGCUUGAGAGUGGAGACGGACGAUGAGGGAGAGCUUGUUACCGCCAAGUGGUUGCAAGAAAAGGCUCAAUUUACGCAAGUCAUCCCGCCAGGCUUCGAAGACUACGUGCCCACCCGCGAGGAUGAGGUUCCGUCUGUCCAAUUAAAGGAGGACUUGAGCCUCUUUUGGAAUCGAAAAGACACGAAGCGCCCUAUUGCGGAAGAAGAAGCCAAUGGAAACGAAAUUAUUCCUCUUGACGAGAUGCAAGCAGAUGAGGUUCACUUCAUUCCUCUUGGGACUGAAGGCAUAGCGCUCAACCCAGAUUCCAAACCUCUUGUGAUAGCGUGGAUGCAUAAGCAUUCGGCCCUACGCUAUUUGGCCGCAUACUUGUCGACGUUUGUGGUAGGCAGCGAAACGAUCAACACCUCAACUCUACAGCCGAUCAGCAUUGAAACAGCUACUGAGUAUAUCGGUCUGCUUGCAAUGCUUGUUGCUGCCGCCGGGAAGGCCGCCUCCGCGAGGGAUGCAGAUGCACGGAAAGACGCACAGUGGAUCCUGGAAGAUGCCAGCGAUGGACUUGGACGCAACCAAGAUAUCAUCAGUUUGGUGUUCGACAUCUUCGAGCAAGAGCUAGAGAGGCUGCGAGAGAGACCCAACAACGAAGGAUCGCUUGAACUUCUGGUCAACUGUCUGCACUUCAUUCAUGCGCUCGUCGAGGUGUUCCCCAAUAGGGUCUGGCCAUUCUUCACAAGGAGUAAGCUGCUGGAUCUAGAGGGCAUUGGCGGCAGCCUCGUGGAGAUUGUCUCCGGGACUGAAAUGGUGAUUGGUCGCUACGACUUCCUUCUGGCCUGCGCUCACCUGUUCAAAGCCCUGCUCAACGACUCGAUCAAGAAUGUCGUAUCCAGAAAGCAGAGCCAAAAGGCGCUUGUGAGAUUCUCGUCUCUUCCCGCCUCUGGGGCUGGAUCUCCCGAUAAGAUCACAAGCAAGGUCUUGCUCAGCUUCACCAAGACUUUCACUGGCGUUUUUGAGAGCAGUCCCAGCUGGCGUUUCGGAGCUAUCGACCAGAAGCUUGAACUCAACCGUUUAACGAUGGAGGUUUUCUCCGACAUUUUGCGUACCGUUCAUGGAUAUGAUGACGAAGCGACGAGCCCAAGUGAAAAACUAAGCUCCGUCAUUUCACCUUCAGCCGACUACCUCCUGGAUGCAUUCUGCUCGGAUUCGACAAAUGACAUUUCGACUCACGCAAUCCUCAACAUCUUCUUCACAGGGACAAAGCCCCUUCCCAUUACUACGCCUAUCCGUGUUGACAAUCUAUGGCGAUUGCAGACCGACGCGGCUAUUACCUUUGCCACAAUUAUUCUUCAGAGUGGCGUUCUGCUCGAGCGUCCGACAUCUUAUUUGGAACAUCAACUUUUCAAGGCUGCCCCACUACUUGCCCGACUGUCAAUCGCACACGAAAGCUUCAAGCCCUCCACUAUGACACUUCUUGAAGUUUUGGUCAAGAGCGCCGCACGAGGGGAGAAGGAGCCCCCUUCGUUACUCGGACACCUGGGUCCUGAGACUGCCAAAGCUUUCCUUAGCAUGCUUUCAACCAUUAGCGGAGCCUUGAAGGAUACCACAGUCGAGGUCAGCAUCUGGAGAUUCUUGUCUUCGGUGGUGAGCAGCAAACAACAAUGGCUUUCGAUCUAUCUCCUCACUGGCAACACACCCCGAGAUUCGCUCAAGAAGAAAGAGGACAAGGUGACUGGCAAGCCUCGUGGCAAGCCUGUUCUAACAUCGGCGCUGGAUCAGCUAUGCGAGAUCAAGUCAUUGGACCCCCGGAGAGCUGUUGCUAUGUUGGAGUUCAUCUCUCUGGCGCAAAAUCACUGGCCGUGGGCUGUUACCAAAAUGCACUCCCACAAGAACUUCCUGGAGAGCAUCAUGGAUUUCAUCCGGACACUGCAACCGGUGGCAGCCAGUGCACCUCUAAACACGGUUGAGACCCAGUCUAUCAAGAUCCAGAUGGCAUCAUUAGUCGCGGAUAUUGGCGCUAUGUGCCUUCACUACGCACGACAGCUGGGCGACAUGCGUCCCGCACAACACGUCAUUGCUAAGCUCGACUUCCUCCAAAAGCACGGUGUCGAUCCGCCGGCAUACAACCAAUCAUUACACAGCAACCUAAAGAAGAAUGUCGAAAGCAAAUUCCCCGCUGUUAAGCUCUCGAAUUUCAAGAGGACGAUUCUCACGCGGUCCGAGUUUGGCCGCGACUACUUCUACGACCUCCAGUACGCGUCUGAGGUUCUUGGCUUCGACCAGACGUGGGUUGGCUUGAGAAAGGACCAUGGCUUUGUGGAUGAGUUCCAGAGGGCCAAUGUCAACUUGUCUUUGGUGGAGGCACAGAUAAUGCUUCUUAAGAGCUGGAAGCUGCUUGCAAUUGAACUCAGCUCAAUUGCCAAUAAGGACCACCGCCUUGAGGAGAUUCUUUCCCAAGUCGUCCGGCAAUGCCUAAAGGCAAAUCAGACGUCAAAUGGAUCGCAAGCGCUGUUUGAGCGGUUGGUGCAUGUGCGAGCAGACUUUGCAUUCGUUUUGAUGCAAAAGCUCAUCGCAGCUGGGUGUACGAGCGAUCACAUCAAAGCUCUGUUCAGACUCUGCUGGGACACCAUCCGCAUGUCCGGCGUCGACUUCGAGAUCGCUUUCAUGGGAGACAAUGCCGACUACUACAGGACACUUCUCAGGAUACUGUUCCUGACUCUGCAGCCUCACAUGAAUUCUCAGCAGAAGGAGGAGCCUGGCAUUCAGAAGAACAUUCCGAAGAUCGCAUCAGAGCUCAUGGAGAUACUAGAAAAGGUCGUCGCUACCGGACUCCGAUCUCUGGCGAACCAGGUGCACGAGGAUCAGGAGAGCUGCUCGCCUGCGGACUUCGUACUCAUCAGCGCCCUGCUAUCGGCUAUCCUGCGCGUGCCUGGAAUGCAGGUCAUGGCGGGCGAGAUCACGCUGCUGUUCUCGGCGGCCAACACGGUGCGGCACGCGACGGCGCUGUUCACCUGGGCGGACCAACUGACGGUCGACGGCGGCGACCCCGUCUACGGCGAGCUCAGCAUCCUCUUCCUGCUCGAGCUGUCAAGCAUCCUGCCCAUGGCCGAGGUGCUCGCCGUCGAGGGCGUGCUGGCGCGCCUCAGCACGGCCAACCUGGUCAACUACUACCGCAAGCCGCGCGGCAUGGGGCCCUUUGACAACCCGCCGCGCCUCUUCUCCAUCUGGACGCGGGGCAUCCUGCCGCUGUGCCUGAACCUGCUCGACGCCGUGGGCGCGCCCGUAGCGGCCGAGGUGGCCGCCUUUCUCAACCAGUUCCCAGAGCAGCUUGCGCGCGCGUCCGCCGCGCUCAACCCGCGCGGCGGCGCGCCCAACCCACAAAGCAUGAAGGACGUGGCCGGCGCCGUGACGCUGGGCGCGGCGGCCGAGGCGCACAGCCUCGCGCUGCUGAGCGUCGUGCUCGACCGCUUCCGCUUCGCCGACCCGGGCGGCGCCGCCGCAAACGCCAUCAUCAACCCGGCCGAGAUCAUGCCGCUCGACUGGGACCGCGCCGGCGUCAAGGAAGACGUCGAGGGCUGGCUGCAGGGCCGCAGGGGCCUGCGCGACCGCGUCGUCCCCACCAACGAGCGCGAGCUCGAGCUCGUCAAGCAGAAGGCCAGCGGCACCGCGGCCGGCGCCGCGGCCUCGGCGGAUAACAAGUUGGAGGAGAGGAUCGUCGUCGAGUUGCUGGGCGCGUUGGAGUGUCUGGGUGAGGGGGCGGCUGCUAUAACGGCGGGGACCGCGGCGGCGGCGGCUGCUGCGGGAGGUACUGGUGGUGGCGGUGGUGGUUCGGUUGCUUGA